AUGGCGGCCGGCACGCGCCCCGCGGCCGGAUCCCGGUCCCGAGCGGCCAUGGCCCAGUGGAGGAAGAAGAAGGGGCUCCGCAAGCGCCGUGGCGCGGCCUCCCAGGCUCGCGGCAGCGACUCGGAGGACGGGGAGUUUGAGAUCCAGGCGGAAGAUGACGCCCGGGCCCGGAAGCUGGGCCCUGGCAGACCCCUGCCCACCUUCCCCACCUCGGAAUGCACCUCGGAUGUGGAGCCAGAUACCCGGGAGAUGGUGCGAGCGCAGAACAAGAAGAAGAAGAAAUCGGGAGGCUUCCAGUCCAUGGGCUUGAGCUACCCAGUGUUCAAAGGCAUCAUGAAGAAGGGCUACAAGGUGCCGACGCCCAUCCAGAGGAAGACCAUCCCAAUGAUCCUGGAUGGCAAGGACGUGGUGGCCAUGGCCCGGACAGGCAGCGGCAAGACGGCCUGCUUCCUCAUCCCCGUGUUCGAGCGACUCAAGGCCCACAGUGCCCAGACCGGGGCCCGCGCCCUCAUCCUCUCGCCCACCCGGGAGCUGGCCCUGCAGACCAUGAAAUUCACCAAGGAGCUGGGCAAGUUUACAGGCCUCAAGACUGCCCUGAUCCUGGGUGGGGACAAAAUGGAAGACCAGUUUGCGGCCCUGCACGAAAAUCCCGACAUAAUCAUUGCUACCCCUGGGCGGCUGGUGCACGUGGCUGUGGAGAUGAACUUGAAGCUGCAGAGCGUGGAGUAUGUGGUAUUUGAUGAGGCAGACAGGCUCUUUGAAAUGGGGUUUGCAGAGCAGCUGCAGGAAAUCAUCGGCCGUCUCCCUGGGGGCCACCAGACGGUGCUGUUCUCCGCCACACUGCCCAAACUGCUGGUGGAGUUUGCCCGGGCCGGCCUCACAGAGCCCUCGCUCAUCCGGCUGGAUGUGGACGCCAAACUCAACGAGCAGCUCAAGACCGCCUUCUUCCACGUGCGUGAGGACGCCAAGCCUGCUGUGCUGCUCCACCUGCUGCGCGCCGUGGUGCGGCCGCAGGACCAGACGGUGGUGUUUGUGGCCACAAAGCACCACGCCGAGUACCUCACAGAGCUGCUGACGACCCAGCGGGUGACCUGUGCCCACAUCUACAGCGCCCUGGACCAGACAGCCCGCAAGAUCAACCUGGCCAAGUUCACGCAUGGCAAGUGUUCUGCCCUCAUCGUGACCGACCUGGCAGCCCGUGGCCUGGACAUCCCACUGCUGGACAACGUCAUCAAUUACAGCUUCCCUGCCAAGGGCAAGCUCUUCCUGCACCGUGUGGGUCGUGUGGCCCGGGCCGGCCGAAGUGGCACAGCCUACUCCUUGGUGGCCCCAGAUGAGGUCCCCUACCUUCUGGACCUGCACCUGUUCCUGGGCCGUGCCCUCACCCUCGCCCACCCCCAUGAGGAGCCCUCAGCAGAUGCAGCUGGUGUGGACGGCGUGCUGGGCCGGGUGCCGCAGAGUGUGGUGGACGACGAGGACUGCGGCCUGCAGAGCACGCUGGCAGCAUCACUGGAGCUGCGGGGCCUGGGCCGCGUGGCCGACAAUGCGCAGCAGCAGUAUGUGCGCUCGAGGCCGGCACCCUCACCCGAGUCCAUCAAGAGGGCCAAGGCGCUGGACCUCACGGGGCUGGGCCUGCAUCCACUCUUCAGCUCGAGCUUCGAGGAGCAGGAGCUGCAGCGGCUGCGGCUGGUGGACAGUAUCAAGAAGUACCGCUCACGGGCGACCAUUUUUGAGAUCAACGCCUCUAGCCGGGAUGUGAGCAGCCAGGUGAUGCGCGCCAAGCGGCAGAAGGAUCACAAGGCCAUCGCCAGCUUCCAGCAGGGGCGGCAGGAGCGGCAGGAGGGUCCGGCCAGCACUGCCCCGAGCACCCAGGCCCCCAGUGUCCCAGCCAUGAGCGACCCGGCCCUGGUGAAGAACAAGCCCAGUGGGGAGGAAGAGGAGGCCAGAGAGAGCGUGGAGGAUGUCUUCACAGAGAUUGUGGGCCAGAAGCGGCGGCGGCUUGGCCCCGACAGGGGAGUCAAGAGGCAGCGGGCAGAGGCCCGGCAGCAGGAACGGGACUUCUACGUGCCCUACCGGCCCAAGGACUUCGACAGCGAGCGUGGCCUGAGCGUUGGGGACAGUGGGGCCUUUGAGCAGCAGGUGGCCGGGGCUGUCCUGGACCUGAUGGGGGAUGAAGCCCAGAACCUGACCCGCGGCCAGCAGCAGCUCAAAUGGGACCGGAAGAAGAAGAGGUUCGUGGGGCAGUCUGGACAGGAGGACAAGAAAAAGAUCAAGACCGAGAGUGGGCGCUACAUUAGCAGUUCCUACAAGCAGGACCUCUACCAGAAGUGGAAGCAGAAACAGAAGAUUGAUGAUCGGGACUCGGAGGAGGAGGGGCCAUCUGAGCGGCGAGGCCCUGAGCGAAGAGGUGGGAAGUGGGGCCGUGGCCGAGGUGCGUCCCAGCCCUGCACCCCGGGCCCCGCCGCAGGCCGUGUGCACUCUGAGCUCAAGACCAAGCAGCAGAUCCUGAAGCAGCGGCGCCGGGCCCAGAAGAUGCGCUUCCUGCAGCGUGGGGGCCUCAAGCGGCUCUCGGCCCGCAACCGCCACCGGGUCCAGGUGCUGCAGCAGGGUGCCUUUGGCCGGGGCACCCACUCCAAGAAGGGCAAGAUGAGGAAGAGGAUGUAAGGACUGGGACCUGGCCCUGAGGCCCUCAUUCGGCUCAAGGUGGACUUCGGGAAACACUUCCUGAGCUUCUACUGCAUGCCUGGCCCUGCGCUGGGCAGUGGGGGUGGGGGCUGCCUGAGGAGUCCUUGUCC